UCACUCUCCUACUACCCAAUCUCUCUCUCUCUCUCUCUCUCUCUCUCCCCUUCCCUUCCUUUCCACUCCGCCUCCUUCCCCGUCGGCCGGCUGUGGGCCGAAGAACGAGCCCCCGCCGCGUCGUCCUCGUCCCUUCUCUAGUCUCCGCACCCAAAAAUUCGAUCCCUCUCACUCACUUUUACUUUUCCCAACACUUUGAAAUUGAGCUUGUCCGCUGUUCGUUCUGCUACGGCGAGCAGGCAUGGCGGCUGAUUAACCGUGUACCAUCCCAUCCACCGCCGCCUUCCUCUCCAAAAUUUUGUCGGCGGGAAGCUAAAGGUAUGCAUUUUCAACGAUUUUAGCGGCAUGGCUAAAGAGGAAUCUCCACGGGUAUCCAGAAGAUCCACCCGGUCUGCUACUUCCACACCUACUUCAAACAAGAUAACUGAGGGUGGGACGGAAGAAGCGGUUGAUUUAUGCUCUCCAUCAGUCAGUGACUUGGUAUAUGGAGAUCCAAUUAGCUUAGAUGUCCUCUUGUCUACUUUUCCCGGUAGGAAAAAUCAGAUUCUUGACCUCAUUCAGCUGUUAGGUCCUUUGAAUUCUCCGACACUCCCAUUCUUUGUUUAUGGAGGUCCUUCCACUGGCAAAACGAGUGUCAUUCUCCAGUUAUUCAGGCACCUCAACCGUCCUUUUGUCUACUCGAGCUUCAGAACAUGCUACAGCCUAAGAAUCCUCUUUGAAUCCAUUCUGAACCAGCUGAUACUGCACCACCGGAAUGCUGCUAAUGGGUAUUCGAGUGCAAAACGAUGUGACAAGCCGUCCGACUUUGUUAUUUUGCUUCGCGAAGCCUUGACCGGGGUGAUAAAAAGCCUCAAGGAGAGUGUGGGAAAGUCUAAAUUUUCCAAGUCAGAGCGACCGAUUAAUGGUUAUAUGACUUACUUGAUUUUUGACAACCUUGAAGUUGUUAGGGAGUGGGGUAAAGCCUCUAGCUUGUUACCUUUCUUAUUUAAUCUCUAUGAUAUUCUUAAAAUUCCCGAGGUUGGUGUGAUCUUCAUUAGCAGUACUUCACCAGAUAUGUUUUACUCAAACAUGAGUUGUGUAGAACCAAUUCCUAUUUAUUUUCCUUCUUACGCGGAAAAUGAUCUUCGUCAAAUUCUGCUGAGAAACCAGGCAAAUCAGAAGCUGUAUUCCUCAUUUCUUGAUGUUGUAUUGAGGCCCUUCUGCAGAAUCACUAGAAGGUUGGAUGAAUUAUGUCCCAUUUUUGCAACUUUGUACAUGCAAUACUGCAAGCCUUUAAGUGAUCCUGGGGCUGUCCCUAAUGAAGACAUGAAAAGAAGGUUAUACAGUAAUCUUCAGCCAGAGAUUUCUUCGGCUCUGAAUGAGAUAUUUAGAGUUCAAUCUCGUUCUUCCCCUGAAGCUGAAACUAGUAGGAAGCCUGAGCAGAUAGGCGGCAAGAGAAAAUUGGCAAGUUCUGAAAAGUUGAAUGAAUUGGAUUUUCACAUGUGCACUUCUGCAAAGUAUCUACUUAUCUCCUCAUUUCUUGCUUCGAGAAAUCCAGCAACUCUUGAUGCAUCGCUUUUUGACUCUACUGGUGGGUCAGAUAGCCGAAAACGUCGGAGGAAGUCAUCUGAUAAAGUGAAGGCACAGCAAGAAACUGCAGAAGAAGAAUUGCUAACCAAAGGGCCUGGGAGUUUCCCAUUAGAGAGGCUAUUGGCAAUAUAUCAAUGCCUUACAUCGGUGGCAGAAGGUUCACCAGAUGAAGAGGCGGGACCAGAUGAUUGGAUAGGCAUUGGCGGCGAGAAUAACAUGCUCAGUUCGGACGUUCUCCUGCAAAUAUCGAGCCUUUGCAAUGCCAAUAUUUUAGUUAAAGGAGGAAGCUGCCCCCUUGAGGGUUCCACACGGUACAGAUGUAUGGUUUCUGAAGAUCUAGCCCUUAAGGUGGCGCGAACCUUGAGAUUCCCGCUAGCAAAAUACAUCUAUAGGAGAUGAUGUGCUACUCCGGGGAGCUACUUGCAGCAAUUUUUUAGGUGUGAACCUAAAAGAGGCUAACAUACAUCAUUUGCUUGUUUUUGUCUGUUCUUGACUGGGUCCAAUUGAGAUGAUUCUGAAAUAAGCCUGUCCUCGCUGACAAAUUGCUGAAACCCAUUUUAUUAAUGGUUUGUACCCUCAAGUUUGGUAGGAAGAGGUCCGAUGUACAAAAUGAUAUUUAGAUAUGAGGUUCCAACCAUAAGUGACUAGUAUAUUUCCAUGUAUUACGAUCUAUUAGUCCGGAAUGGAACUCUUCCUUUAUUGACAUAACCGUUACUGGAAAAGAACAAUGUUGGAUAUUACGCAAGUUGCUAUUUUUUUCAUCUUCUAA